GGUCGGUUACUAUUGUUAUUAAAUAUUAUUGGGUGGACAAACACGCCUUUACAGCAACGGCACUGAGAACGUAACAAAACACAAGACCCAUCAUGCUGACUGCACAGAGGACAUGUGCCGCUCUGGCUGCACGCCGACUCCUAGGAGCUCCCUGCUCCUCACACGCAUACACCAACACAAACUCACAAACACACUCCCGGCAGUUUCGUACCGCAACGCCCUGUCAGGAUGAAGUGGACCUGCACCCGGAGUGGGCCAGCCUGGCCAAGAAACAAUUGAAAGGGAAGAACCCAGAAGACCUGAUCUGGCGCACGCCGGAGGGCCUCAACAUCAAACCCGUCUACACUAAAGCAGACUCUGCAAUGAAGCCCGACGAGCUGCCAGGGGUCUUCCCCUACACUAGGGGGCCCUACCCCACCAUGUACACGUUCAGGCCCUGGACCAUCAGGCAGUACGCUGGCUUCAGCACCGUGGAGGAGAGCAACAAGUUCUACCGGGACAACAUUAAAGCGGGUCAGCAGGGUCUCUCGGUGGCCUUCGACCUCCCGACUCACCGCGGGUAUGACUCCGACAACCCCCGUGUCCACGGCGAUGUCGGAAUGGCAGGGGUCGCCAUAGAUACUGUGGAGGACACCAAGAUGCUGUUCGACGGCAUCCCGCUGGAGAAGAUGUCGGUUUCCAUGACGAUGAAUGGAGCAGUGAUCCCGGUGCUGGCCAUGUUCAUUGUGACGGGGGAGGAGCAGGGGGUACCCAAGGAGAAGCUGACCGGAACCAUCCAGAAUGACAUCCUGAAGGAGUUCAUGGUGCGCAACACCUAUAUCUUCCCCCCGGAACCUUCCAUGCACGCCAUCGCUGAUAUCUUCGCGUACACGUCCAAGCACAUGCCCAAGUUCAACUCCAUCUCCAUCAGUGGUUACCAUCUCCAGGAGGCCGGGGCGGACGCCAUCUUGGAGGUGGCCUACACCAUCGCCAACGGCCUGGAGUAUUGCCGCACUGGGCUGAAAGCUGGCCUCACUAUAGAUGAGUUCGCCCCCAGGUUGUCAUUCUUCUGGGGUAUCGGUAUGAACUUCUACAUGGAGAUAGCCAAGCUGAGGGCAGGCAGAAGGCUGUGGGCCACGCUCAUUAAGGAGAAGUUCCAACCCAAGCUGACCAAGUCUCUGCUCCUCAGGACCCACUGUCAGACCUCAGGCUGGUCCCUCACUGAACAGGACCCGUAUAACAAUGUGGUGCGUACGGUGAUCGAGGCGAUGGCUGCGGUGUUCGGGGGGACCCAGUCUCUACACACCAACUCUUUUGACGAGGCUUUGGGUCUACCCACGGUGAAGAGCGCCCGCAUCGCACGCAACACACAGAUAAUCAUCCAAGAGGAGUCUGGGAUACCCAAGGUCGCCGACCCCUGGGGCGGGUCACACAUGAUGGAGGCGCUGACCGACGACGUCUACAACAAUGCCCUAAAGUUUAUCAAUGAGAUCGAAGAGGUGGGAGGCAUGGCCAGAGCUGUUGCUGAAGGUAUUCCUAAACUACGUAUCGAGGAAUGUGCUGCUCGCAGACAGGCUCGCAUAGACUCAGGUUCGGAGGUAAUUGUUGGGGUGAAUAAGUACCGUCUGGAGAAAGAGGAGUCAGUUGAUGUGCUGGCUAUCGACAACACCAACGUACGCAACAAGCAGAUCGACAAACUCAAGAAGGUGAGGGCGAGUCGUGAUGCUGAGGUGGCGAAGAGGUGUCUGUUGGCCAUAGAGGAGUGUGCUCGUACCAGGGAGGGGAACCUGCUGGGGCUGGCUGUGGAGGCUGCUAGAGCCAGAUGUUCUGUAGGGGAGAUCACGGAUGCCAUGAAGGCUGUGUUUGGGGAACAUAAAGCCAGCACCAGGAUGGUGAGCGGAGCCUACCGCAGCGAGUACGGAGAGCAUGAGGAGAUCUCCACAGCACACAACCGGGUGGUGGAAUUUAAGAAGCAUGAGGGCAGGAACCCUCGUCUGCUGGUGGCCAAGAUGGGCCAGGACGGCCAUGACAGGGGUGCAAAGGUAAUCGCUACGGGAUUCGCUGACCUGGGAUUUGACGUUGACAUUGGACCGCUCUUCCAGACCCCUCUGGAGGUGGCCCAGCAGGCGGUGGAUGCAGACGUCCACUGUGUUGGGGUCAGCACGCUGGCCGCAGGACACAAGACCCUCGUCCCAGAGCUCAUCAAGGAGCUUCGCAACCUCAACCGCCCUGACAUCCUGGUCAUCUGUGGAGGGGUCAUCCCACCUCAGGACUAUGAGUUCCUGUACCAGUGUGGUGUGUGCUGUAUCUUCGGCCCCGGGACGAGAAUCCCUCAGGCUGCAGUAGAGGUGAUCGACAACAUUGAGAAGAGCCUGGACAAGAUCCGCCAGGCCAUGUAGACAGAUUGCUGAUGAACAAUAUCAUUCAAUAAUAUAGUCUACUAUGGCUCAGUGUGUGUGUACACACAGCCAUGGGAAGAAACUGCAAACAUAGGGGUGUGAUAUCUGCACAGGAUAAUAGAGUAGAGCGAUGAGUGUGAAAUAUGAAUAUAUUCAUAAUGACUGUGUGAAUUCUGCCAAAACCACAUCAAUAAUAUACAGUUUAGUCUACAGCUCAGUCAGUCUGUCUUCACCAGUAUUUCUCAAUCCAUUUCUGGAGGACACCCCUAUUCUAAUCAAGGACUUGGUGAUUGGUUGUUUACAGUAAGUGCUGGGUUAGAACAAAAUGUGCUCUUUCUGAGAGCUCCCCUAAGAAUAGAUUGUGCAACACUGACAUAGACAGAUGUUUGUGAAAUCUGCACAGGAUAUUCUGGUAGAACAAGGAGAUUGUGGAAAUAUUCGUAAUGACUUUUUGAAGUGAUCCAUACUGCAUGUUAUCUAAAGUCAUUGAACUUAUGUUGUGAAUAAAAAUAAUAAUGUGACUUGUUUGCUGUAACAGCUUGAGGUUUUCCAUGGUUCAGAUGAGGUAUUGAAUUUGAUGAAUAAGAUCAUUAACUUUAACUAAACGUAUCUUGAUUACA